AUGAGCAGAUAUUUGAUCUCAUCCAAUGGGGCGACCAUUUUCUGAUGAGAAGAGCCAUUCGAUCUUUAUGAGUCUCGGUGCAUAGAUAGAAUCAUUUCAGUGUCUUUUUGGCCUUUUAUUGCAUCGAAAGGAUCCCUGUAUUGUCGACGAAGCUGAUGAUGUGGCCAGAUUCAUAAUAUUCGAAAAUGACGAGGGAUAGUCCAAAAAUUUAAGAAUAGACCUACUAGAUCGAACCAAUUUGUGUGUGAUUAGUUAUCAGUGUGAUUUGGGUCGUUGUUGAAGUUCCGGUCUCCAGAUUGCUUCUGGUAGAGCAAUCCUGAUGCCGGAGAGUGAACUGAAGCUUCUGGGCAAAUGGUCGAGCCCUUUUUCGAUGAGGGCGAAAAUCGCUCUUAAUAUCAAAUCUCUUGAAUACGAGUACUUUGAAGAGCACAUGAAACCGAAGAGCGAUCUUCUUCUUCAGUCCAACCCGGUCUACGCCCUAAUCCUAGUUCUUAUCCACCAUGGAAACCCCGUCUGCGAAUCCCUCAUUAUUGUCAAAUACAUCGACGAGACUUGGUCCUCUGGCCCCUCUAUCCUCCCCUCCGAUGCUUAUGAUCGUUCAAUCGCUCGAUUCUGGGCGGCUUACAUCGAUGACAAGUGGUUUCCCUCGAUGAAAAGCAUUCUGACUGUUGAAGAUGAGGAGGCAAGACAGCCAUACUAUGAGACAAUGGAUGAAGUGAUUAGGAGGAUAGAGGAUGCGUUUGGGAAAAUCAGCAAAGGAAAGCCCUUUUUUGGUGGAGACCAGAUUGGAUUCCUGGACAUUGCUUUUGGAAGCCACCUGGGCUGGCUCAGUGUUGUCGAAACUUUGUGUGGAAGAAAGUUUCUUGUUGAGGCAAAAGCUCCUUCUCUGGUGGAUUGGGCUGAGAAAUUUGCUGCUGAUCCUGCUGUCAAGGGACUCAUACCUGAAACUCAUGAACUCAUAGAGCUUUCCAAGUCCCUUCAGAUCAAAUGGAGGGCUGCAAUUGCCAAGAAGUAGAAUUUGUGGAGACUGUUUGCUUGCGGGUGUAGAUAAUCUCUCUGUUCUUGUAUGGUUCAAUAAAAUGAUGCUCUAUUGUUCUGCGUGUUUCUUACAAGUUUGCUUGAAUUUCCUUCUCACUUUUGGGCUGUACUGUCCUUUGUAGCAGGAAUUUACAUCAAUAAAUACUAUAGAUUUAAUUCUAGAUGA